ACGUACGCCUAUAUCAGGCCUAUACUAGAUCUAAGGCCAGCGAGGUUGUAAAAUUAAAACUAAAAGUAGGGUGCCGUGCCGUGGUUAUGCUGCAUCGCCAUAUCGAAGAUUAGGCCCGGCCUAAAGCCAAAUGCUUGAAAAGUUGGUUUGAGAGCUGAGCUUAAGAUUUGUAUUCGAUUGAAGCCCCAUCAAAAGUUAUUUCAUCAUUCUUGAAUGGAUACAGAAGUGUACACUAUUCCUAGAUGUAUUGAAAGCUAAUAUCAGGAUCAUUCCUUCCAUAUUUCCUCUGAGAAACUGCACAGAAUAUUCAAAUUGAGAGCAUUGAUGGCACACUUCCAAUGAUUCUGCCUACUUUCUGCUUUCCUAAAGGGACUUGAUAAGCAAGAUGGAUAACAAUGACAUUGAGAAGUCAAUAUCACCAGAGACAUUGCAUCUAGAGCAGAUGCCCUUUAAUUCCAAUAAAUCAGCACAAAAUUAUACAGCAUGUGAAUGGGAAGGAGAAGGACAGAGAGAUGGAGAUGGAGAGAAGGAUCAAGGUAGAAGGAAGACAACUAUGAAGGAAAAUCUGCUUGAGGAGGAUAAAGAAUCCAUGUCAAUGAAAGACACCUCUAGAUGGCGCUCUGCAGCAUUGGCCGUUUCUUGGGCUUCUGUAGUUGGUCUUCUCAUUGUUGGUAUUCUAAGCUUUGUUGUAGCUGAAACAACACAAAGUUCAGCAGCAUUUGGAUUUGGUUUUGACUGUUUAUUGGAUGUUGGAACAUCAGUAGUUGUUAUCUGGAGAUUCACUGGCUCUCUUGGAUCAGUUUAUUCAGAAAAGAAAGAAAGAAUAUCUCUUCUAUUCCUAGGCUCUCUCUUCAUUGUAGCAGCCGUUUCUAUAUUUGCCAGGGCAAUUCCAGAUCUGAUAGCAAAUACAGAGACCAUAAGUGGUAUGUGGCUAAUGAUUCUUGCUGGAGUGAGUGUAUUUAUUUGUUCAACAUUAGCUAUUCUAAAAUUCAUCAUUGCUAAGAAAUUAGACAGUACAAGUAUCCAGUCAGAUGGCUACAGCUCGUUAGCUGGGGGGAUCACAGCUCUCUCCAUGCUCAUCAGUACGACAAUCAUCCAUUUUGAUUACCAUGUUUGGUAUCUAGAUGAGAUCGUUGGUAUCGUGGUUGGUCUUCUUCUUACAGCCUAUGGAAUCAAAUUACUGGUGGAAGUGACACAGAGCUCAGAUUUGAAAAUUUCCUUGAAAUCUUGUCUUCCGCAACAAAAGUAAUCAAGUCAUCUAGAAUGGAGUUCUCAUCCAGUGCAACAGUGGGACAGCUUAUAUAUAGACUACAGUAAUGCAUUUGAGAAGAGGAAGGCUUAAGAAAAGCACAAUAAUCCUGAAAUGAAUAUUUUCUACUUCAUGCCCUUGCCAAAUUAAGAAAUCAAUUGACAAUUGAGUUAUUUUGACAACCGUAGUCCAUUACUGUGCCUGCAUGCAAGCAUGGAAUUAUUUGCUGGAAGCAAAUCAUCCGAGAAGAAAGGGUUUCCUGAAUAAAUCCUGUACUGUACUCAGCUACAGAGGGCAGCAUUGAUGAUUGUGAUUUUUUUUUUAAACAAAGGUCCUUCCAGGUUUCUGCCAUGGGCCUAAAACAUUUCCCAUAGACUCGUGUGUUAAAGUGGCAUUUGAAAAAAAAUCAUAAAAAUAAGGAUGAAAUAUGGGGGUCAAAUGUUUACUAACAGUGGAUAGGAUAUAUAUCUGACAAGAAAUAUCUGACCAGAAAAGGUUCCCUCCACCGGCACAUUUUAAAAAAUAAAUCAGCAUUUAUGAAGACAUCUCCUGAGGGCUCAAAUUCAUCACCUGAAACAGUAACAUGGCCCUAAUCCUUACACCAGUCAAAUGUAGUUUCCAAAGUUGGUGAUAUUUCUUCCCAAUUGGAAAAAAGAAGUUCAGAAUGGGUUGGCUCGAAUAAAUAUCAUUUGCCUUCCGGUUGUUAAUAGGCCCGUGUGACCUCCAUUCUCCGUGUAUGUACAAAUUUUUGUUAAAAAGUUUGAUGCAGGGAAUCAUAAAUAACACUGUAAUGCAUAUUUCAUGCAAUACACCCCUGUUUAUAUUGCAGGGAAGGUUUAAGACGGUUGUGUUGUCACCCACAAAAGACUAUUUCACUUUAAGAAUACCACCAUUCUGUUUCAGUGGUGACCACAAUCAUUUUUCAUAUGUGUAUUCUGUUACACAGAUUACCCUCAAACUCUGAUCAAUAUUUUUUGAUCAGGCAUUUUCAACGUAUUUCAUUAUGAGUUAAAUAAUAUUGUCAGUACAAAUGGGCCAGCAUGCCCUCUAUGUUAAUGUUUAUGAAACACAACGCAUACUGAAGUCAGAUAUAAUAGUGAUGUAUUUGACUUUCUGUAGAAUUCUCAGAUAUUUAUUUACUUUAACCAGUCAAAGCAAUAAUUUACCAUAAUAUUUGAAGUGCCAUACAAUGCUAAAAGUGUGUUAUUUUGCAAAAUUUUGAAUGCUUCCUGUAAAAUAUAUAGAACUAGGUACAAAUUAAUGUUAUAAUAUAUUUAAUACUAAGAAGAUAUUGUCUUAAACUGUUGACUAGUGCAUGUAUAUCACAAUUUUACAUGAAAAAUAUGUAAAUAGACUAAUGUCAAAGGCCAUCAUACAUUAUAUUGUAUAAAAGUAAUAGCAAUUUCAGAUGUGAUAUAUCAGCCUUUGUCUUGCAAUCCAGUGACUGGGUUUGAUUCCCAUUUGGUCAUCUCUUGCAGAGGACAUUAAGGCAUUUGGUCAUCUCUUGCAGAGGACAUUAAGGCAUUUGGUCAUCUCUUGCAGAGGACAUUAAGGCAUUUGGUCAUCUCUUGCAGAGGACAUUAAGGCAUUUGGUCAUCUCUUGCAGAGGACAUUAAGGCAUUUGGUCAUCUCUUGCAGAGGACAUUAAGGCAUUUGGUCAUCUCUUGCAGAGGACAUUAAGGCAUUUGGUCAUCUCUUGCAUAGGACAUUAAGGCAUUUGGUCCUCUGGCUACUUGCUUGUAAACAUUGAUGCGUUUUUAGAAAUCUGGUUUAAAAAAAUGCCCCUCCCACCACCAGUGUAUUUGUAUUUCUAGUUUGCCGCUAUAAUAUGUAAAUAUGUACCUAUAUUUUUCAAACAUGAAAUUUUCUCAAGGUAAAAGUUAUGCCAAGAAACUCUUUGUGGAUGCUUUAUGGACUUUUGUAAAUUGAUAAAUAUUGAUGUAUUGAAGCAUGGUAUCAUAUCAUAUUCCCAAUUUAAUUUCUAAUUUUAUAUAGAUGUAGCAAGAAAUAAUGUUGGGGUCCAAUAUUUUGUUAUUAAGUGAUAUCAUGAAUAUUUAAUACUUAAGCAUGUGAUUUGUAGAAUGAAAGAUUCUUGGGUUUAACAACUGGUGAAUUGUCAUUUGGUGUACAACCACUUUGUUUACUUUCCAUUUGGUCUCAACCCAUAUGGUCUAAUCCUUGUUAAUCUACAACCAAACUGCUCUAACCAUUUUGUCUAAUUGUCAUUUAACCCAUUUACCAUUUUGUCUAAUAUCCACUUUGUCUAACACCACUCAGUCUAUAUGGUUAGAUGCAUUGUUUAUUAACCAAAAUUUCAUUUGACAAAAUGCAAAAUAAGGCAAAGUGGAAGUGGAAAUAGAAUAUGUUGGCAUAAGACUAAAUGAUCGGGGUAAUAAUAAAUCUGUAAAGCGCUUAGGCACGUCGUUCUGAUGUAUUAAGCGCUAUAUAAAAGCUGAUUAUUAUUAUUACUAUUAUUGUAGAGUAGGUGAUGGUUGAGCCAAACAGUUAAAACUAAAUUGACAGUAAACCUAGUGGGUUUAGCCAUGAUAGUAUUUAACGGUCUGAGAAUUAUCUGUUUACUAACCUAGUAAAAACCAAGUGGAUACAAAGCUAGCAAUUACAUUUGUUGUAACAAAAACACAAAUAUCUAUGAUAUGAUAAAUUAAAAUUCUAAAUUUAUGAGUUAAGAUAUUUUCAUUGACUUCCCUAUUUUCUAUGGAUGUUUAAUGCAGUAAUGGGAUUGCUUUACUUGUAGUAGAUCCAGGCAGAGUUUCAGGUGUGUUUUCUUUCUAUUGUUGUAGAAUACAAUCUAAAAGAAAUUGACCAAUGCCCCCCUGUCAUUUUAGAAUUAAGCUUAUACAGUCUGUUUUAUUCAAAGUUCUUCCCUUUGGAAUGUAAUAUAUAUCAUUAUUCUCAGCAGAUAUAUUUAUGAUGAUGAAAUAAAAAAUUGUAUGAUAGUAGUAUAGUUCAAAUUCAUAGAUAACAAAAUUGCCUUCAAGGUACACGUUUUAUAUUGUAUUUGCAAUACACUCUGGAUAGACUUCAUUAGUCAUAUUGACUCAAAUGUAAUUAAGACAAAUAUUUGUCCAGAAUAUUGGACAGGAUCCCACCAAAUUUUGCCUUCAAGUUCAAGAAAACUUAAGAUAAUAAUGCAUGAAGGAGUGCUGUAUCAAUCAUUAUGUUUGUAUACAAACAAACUGUGCCAUAUUCUUUGAAAUAUUUUCACAUAUUUAAAAUAAUGGAUAUUUAUUUAUUACUGCCACGCAAACAAAGUAAGUGGCGAUAUUAGUUUUGUCUGUAUGUUUGCCAGUACGCUAGCAUUUGAAUUGUUCCAAUUUAGUUCACCGGACUUUCAGGGAUCCCUCAUGUAAAUUAUUGCAAUAUAAAGUGUUAAGAAACAUAGUUUAUUCAGGCAGCGCUAUAUGAAUGUAAUUAUUAUUAUUAAGUAAAAUACAAUUCCGUAUUGAAUUUCACAGUCACAGAUGUAUUUGCUUUUUUAUAUUUAAUUAUUUUGUAUAUUUUUCACUUUUGGCGCAUGUGCAGUGCCAAAACUCUUCUUGAACAAGACUUUACUAUAAUGGCUGUUUGCAUUGCGCUUUAGCUGCAGCCACUGACAAAAAUGUCCACCAAGACGAUUGAUUAAUCAAGAAUGGUAUGUAUUUCAUUGUGUGGUGUACAAGUUAACAUUCAUUUGCUACCUAUUAGAAGUUAUUUGAUAAAAUCAAGUUUAAAUAUCUAUAUCAAAGUAA